UAGUGAACUCGUACAAAAUAAAAAUUAAUUUAGCGCACAUGACUACCCUGUGACCUCUGCUUGACUUGUUUAAUGAGGACUGCUGGAUGUGGGCAGGGCUGAUGGAUUCUCCUCUCAUCCGCUGUUCUUAUCACACACACACACACACACACACACACACACACACUGAUCCUGAUGCUGGAGUCAGAGCUUCACCUGCAGUGAGCAGCGCUGGAGUCCCGGAGCAGCUCUCACAGCCGCUGUCUGGAUGUCCAUGAAAGGAAGAGGAUCCAAGCACCAGAAAAGAGUGUCGUUUUCUGAGGAUGAAGAUGAGCAGUGCUGGAAAGAGGAGAACGGCGGUGUGGACGCACAUCACCUGAAAUCCGUCGAGACGGUCAGCGAUUCAUCGGGAUAUUACCGGCACAACACAAAAUCUUUGGAUACUUUCCCCCAUCGCAGGAUGACCCUACCACGAGAAAAGGGCCGGCGACAGGCAAUUCGUGGACCGGCGUUCAUGUUCAACGACCGUGGCAGCAGCCUCACGGCAGAGGAAGAACGCUUUUUGGAUGCGGCAGAGUACGGCAACAUCCCGGUGGUCCGGAAAAUGCUGGAAGAAUCACCCACGCUCAAUGUGAACUGCGUCGACUACAUGGGACAGAACGGCCUACAGUUGGCCGUUGGCAAUGAACACCUGGAAGUCACCGAGCUGCUCCUGCGGAGAGACAACCUGGCCCGUGUCGGGGACGCACUCCUGCUGGCCAUUUCUAAAGGUUACGUGCGUAUUGUAGAGGCCCUGCUGGGACAUCCGUCUUUUGCGAGCGGCGAACGACUCACCCGCAGCCCCUGUGAGUUGCAAGACGACGACUUUUACUCGUACGACGAGGACGGCACACGUUUCUCGCCCGAUAUCACGCCUAUCAUCCUGGCCGCCCACUGCCAGAAAUACGAGGUGGUACACAUGCUGCUGAUGAAGGGCGCCAAGAUCGAGAGACCGCACGACUACUUCUGCAAAUGCGCUGACUGCACAGAGAAGCAGAGGAAGGACUCGUUCAGCCACUCGCGGUCCAGGAUAAAUGCUUAUCGUGGACUGGCCAGUCCAGCGUAUCUCUCUCUGUCCAGCGAAGACCCAGUACUGACCGCGCUGGAGCUGAGCAACGAACUCGUCAAACUCGCCAACAUCGAAAAAGAGUUUAAGGAUAAAAAGAACCGUAAUAAAGAGACGUCGCAGCACAAUGGCUUCUUUCUGAAUGACUACAGGAAGCUGUCUAUGCAGUGUAAAGACUUUGUGGUUGGCGUUUUGGAUCUGUGCAGGGACACGGAGGAGGUGGAGGCCAUCUUGAAUGGAGAUAUAUCCGCCGAGCUCGAGGAAGGCCAGCAUCAUCGCUCCCUGCUCAGUCGAGUCAAACUGGCAAUUAAAUACGAGGUUAAGAAGUUUGUGGCUCAUCCAAACUGUCAGCAGCAGUUGCUGACCAUUUGGUAUGAGAAUCUGUCUGGUCUUCGGGAGCAAACCACUGCAGUCAAGUGUCUGGUGGUUUUGGUGGUGGCUCUGGGACUCCCUCUGCUAGCUGUGGGGUAUUGGUUUGCCCCGUGCAGUAAGCUUGGUAAAAUAUUGCGCAGUCCUUUUAUGAAGUUUGUAGCUCAUGCGGCCUCUUUUAUCAUCUUCCUGUGUCUGCUGGUGUUCAAUGCGUCCGAUCGGUUUGAAGGCAUCACCACCCUUCCCAACGUCACAGUCACUGACUACCCACUCCAGAUCUUCAGAGUCAAGACCACACAGUUCUCCUGGACAGAAAUACUAAUCAUGAUCUGGGUAGCAGGAAUGAUGUGGUCGGAGUGUAAGGAGCUCUGGACGGAGGGUCCGAGGGAAUAUGUCAUGCAGCUCUGGAAUCUGCUGGAUUUCGGGAUGCUCUCCAUCUUCAUUGCAGCAUUCACUGCCCGUUUUUUCGCCUUCCUGCAGGCCAUGAAAGCCCAGAAGUAUGUGGAUGAGAAGAUCGACGCUCCAGACCUCUCAAUGGUCAUGCUGCCACCGGACAUCAAAUAUUUCACAUACGCGAGAGACAAGUGGGUUCCAUCGGAUCCUCAGCUGAUCUCUGAGGGUCUGUACGCCAUCGCUGUGGUCCUGAGCUUCUCUCGCAUCGCCUACAUCCUGCCGGCCAACGAGAGCUUCGGCCCACUGCAAAUCUCACUGGGACGAACGGUGAAGGACAUCUUCAAGUUCAUGGUCCUCUUCAUCAUGGUCUUCCUCGCAUUCAUGAUUGGCAUGUUCAUCCUCUACUCCUACUACCUGGGGGCAAAGGUUAACCCCGCCUUCACCACGGUUGAGGAAAGCUUUAAAACUCUCUUUUGGUCCAUAUUCGGGCUGUCUGAGGUGUCUUCUGUGGUGUUAAAAUAUGAUCAUAAAUUUAUCGAAAACAUUGGCUACGUGCUGUUCGGGAUCUAUAACGUUACCAUGGUGGUGGUUCUGCUCAACAUGCUUAUUGCCAUGAUAAACAGCUCAUACCAGGAAAUAGAGGAUGAUGCCGAUGUGGAGUGGAAGUUUGCUCGGUCUAAACUCUGGCUCUCAUAUUUUGACAAUGGCAAGACUCUCCCGCCUCCAUUCAGCAUCGUCCCCAGUCCGAAGUCCUUCUAUCUGUGUAUGAAGAGACUGAUCAACCUGCUCCGGUGUCGCCGGCGCCACCUGAAAAAAGACGUGGAGCUGGGCAUGGACAACUCGAAGUCCAGGCUGAACCUCUUCCCCCAGUCGAGCAUGAGGAUGCCGGACUCUCACAGCUUCAACAGCAUCCUAAAUCAACCCACACGCUAUCAGCAAAUUAUGAAGCGUCUCAUCAAACGCUAUGUACUGAAAGCACAAGUGGACAAAGAAAAUGAUGAAGUGAAUGAAGGUGAGCUGAAGGAGAUCAAGCAGGAUAUUUCCAGUCUGCGAUAUGAACUGCUAGAGGAGAAAUCUCAGGCCACAGAAGAGCUCUCACUCCUCAUUCAGAAACUCAGUGACAAACUCAACCCCACGACCUGUCCAUCCACACCCAGCCACUGAAGGGUGAAGUCAUUCUAGUACAUUUCCACUUUAAUAUGCAGAACAUUUGCCAUUGUUCUCGGAUUUGUCUGAACAAUGGCAGAUGAGGGCAUAAAUUCUAGUUUUACUUUUAAGUUACUGUUAAAUAGAAGGUAAAAUGUGUAGUCACUCUGUUGGGACGUUUUUUUUUUUUUUUUUGUUGUUUUUUUUUGUUGUUUUUUUUUGUUUGUUUGUUUUAUUUUAUUUAUUUUUUUAUUAAAUUGAUUGAUUGAUUUUUUUUUAGCUGACUGUGUAUUUCGUUUGAGUGUAACAUUGACUCCACCCUUUAAUGAUAAAGAGAUUUUGACUUACAGCUCCAUGGACUCAAAAAUGUAGGUCUAGCUUUAAGAUUUCAGUAUUUUAAUUGCACACAAAAUUUCGAUCCAUUUUGAUUACACAUUUUUUAAAUAAAAUAAUAAAGUAAAUGUGAUGCAUAUUUGUCAGUCAUAUGUAAAUAAAACGGCUAAGAUUCUGCACCUGUGUAAUUUUAGUUUAUUUGAGAUGUAUUGUAGUUUUCAUAAUAUAUUGAAUAUAUUUUUAACAUACAUAAAAUGUUUAGUUUAAUUUUAGUUGAAGUUUUAUAAGUUUUGUUGUGUGUUUUAGUCAUUUUUAUUAUUUAAUAUUUUACUAUUUAUAAGUCUAUAUAGUUUUUUAUUUCA